GAUGGCACUUUCUUAUGACUUUCAGAGAAAUUCAAAAGAAAAUGCAUCUCUUCACCUAAAUCAGUUUUGCUAACUCUUCACAUUAAUCUGAAACCUCCAUUUUAUUCUCUAAUUCUUGAAUGGGAAAAGACGAUCAUAAUUGGUGUCCAUUUUUAUUUCCCUCCGCCGAGUAUGGCUCUCCGUCCUCUCCUCCGUCAUCGCCGCCGUCAUCAGAAUCAGAUCCCUCAUCAUCGCCGCCAUCUGAUUCCUACACUCAUUCUUCCUCUUACUAUUCUUGUCGCUCUUCGCCGAGUAUUAAUUAUGCCCCUACUGAAGAAAGUAGCGUUGAAAGAGUCUCUCAAGCCAGCAGAUUUCUCCAGCUAAACCAUGAAACAUCGGCAGCGACCACAGAUAUCUCAAUAGGCACUAUUUCUGAGCAGGCCACUUCAGCUACAUCUGCUGGCCACAAGAAAAAAAACCAAAAGUGCAAGUUCAUUGGAUGUUCAAAAGGAGCAAGGGGGGCAUCAGACUUUUGCAAGGCCCAUGGUGGGGGAAGGAGGUGUCAACAUUUGGGUUGCACAAAAAGUGCAGAGGGGAUGACAGAUCUUUGCAUAGCCCAUGGUGGUGGCCGGAGAUGUGGGUUUCCUAGAGGGUGCACAAGGCUGCACGAGGCAAGUCGGGGCUUUGCAUUAGGCAUGGUGGUGGGUAGAGAUGUAUGGUUGAUGGCUGUACAUGAAGUGCAGGAGGACAUAUUUAAGGCUUUGGAUGAAGCAAUAGUGGCAUUGGCGGCAGUGGCAAUGGUUUUUGUUAAUUGUGUUUUAAUUAGUAAUUUGAUUUAUGUUUUUUUUUUUAUAAUUGGAAAAGAGGAGCAUUUAUUGGAGGAAUUGAAUCCAAGACUUUAACAGUUUGGUACUCCCUCCGGUUCG